AUGGUAAUAAUUUCUGAAUCUUUUGGCUAUCAUCAAGUGGUCACCAGAUUUUUGCAAGUUAAAAAAAAAGAACUUGAUAUUUGUAGAAAUACCUCGCGGGCAUGGAAAUUGGCUACUUUGCCCCAAAUGUUAAGUCAACUUUUGACUGGAAAUGGUGUCAUUUCCUUAGCACGAUGUGUGACCCAGAGUUAUAUUGCUCUGACCAUGGGUAAUACAGAAUGUUUGUUGCUGGGAGUUAUGGCUUAUGACCGCUACAUUGCCAUCUGCCAUCCACUGAUAUAUGCCUCUUCCAUGGACAGGAUGCACCAGCGACUGCUUGCCACAUCCUGUUGGACCAUAGGCUGUCUCUUCUCAGUUGUAUAUGUUCAUCAUCCAUUCUGUGGCCCCAAUCACAUUAACCAUUUCAUUUGUGAGCUGCCUGUUGUGUUAAAACUUGCAUGUGAUGACACCACUAUAACUAAAGCCGUUGUUUUUGGUUUAUCGGCAUUCAUUGUUCUGGUUCCCCUUUUAGUCAGCCUGUCUUCCUAUGGUUUAAUUCUGUAUUCUGUAUUGGACAUGAGGUCAACUACUGGAUGGCAUAAAGUUUUCUUCACAUGUGGCUCCCACCUUAUGGUGGUUACCUUGUUCUAUGGUACCGUUAUUUCUAUGUACAUCAUCCCCCAUUCAGACACAGGUCAAGAUCAUGGUAAGCAAAUUGCAGUCUUUUAUGUUGUGGUGACACCUCUUCUGAAUCCCAUUAUUUAUACUCUGAGAAACAAGGAAGUCCAUAAAGCAGCACUCAAAAUCCUGAAGGACUUUGGCUUAAUAGCAUGA